AUUCCCGUGAAUGAAAGGAAGCUAAGAACCAAAACAAAAAUUAAAAAAAUUUUUGGUCGGUUGUCCAAGAAAGUAGUUUUUAAAGUUUUUUAAGGUGAUUUUGCGAUUCAAUGAUUAAGGACGAGGAACAGGAUGAAGAAGGCUUGUUAUCGCUAGAGAAAUUGGACAGAGCUUCACCAGAUUUGUGGCCAGAGAAAAUUCCAGGUAUAACAGAUUUCAUUGCGAUGAGUAAUACACCCAUUAGAACACCAGCUCCUGAAUGGUCGCGGGGUCUUUCUCAAGAAGACACCACAGCGAUGCUACAACUCAGCCAACUAUCGCCAAAUGCUCUGAUUAUGGAAAUUAAGAAAAUCUAUGACGAAGCCUAUCAAUUGGGAGUAAGUGAAGCUAAAGAGAUGACACGCGGAAAAUAUUUAGGAAUAUUUAAUAAUGCCAAGAAAAAGAAUUGAACAAAAAUUCUUUCUUAUUAAAUAUAAGUAGUAUUCCGAAUAGAAUUAAUGUUUAUACUAUAAAAAUGAAAAAAAAAAACCAUUCUAGAAAUUUAGAUCUUAAAGAAUUUUUGCAAAUUGUUAAAUAUAUGG